AGGUUAAUCAAAUCAGUAUCGGGGGACAGAGGGGACACCAUAGUCAACAUGUUUUCCUUCUACUUUCUCGGCUUCGUUUGUGCAUGUGUUCAUGGAUUUCUAACUGAUGGCUUCAACAAUCUCAUUAUAAACCCUGUUGGUACUCCAGACCCUCUUCUCCACUGCAACCUGAAACCAGCUGAUAUCGUUUUUCUACUGGAUUCCUCAGGAAGCGAAGGUUCUGCCCAUUUUCGUGAGCAGUUGAACUUUGUGAAAAACUUUGUAAAAGAGUUUGACAUUGGACGCUCCAACGUGCAAAUCAGCGUAGUUUCCUUUGCAACAAGAGUUGUGGAAAAUUUCAAUCUUCAAAGAUAUCAAUCAAAGAAUGAUCUUUUGAAUGCUAUUGGCCGAAUUCCCUACAUGUCUGGUUCUACCCACACCUCCGAGGCACUCACUUUUGCUCGUCAGCAUAGUUUUACUCUAUCGGCUGGGGAUAGGGCCCCGGUUACCGAUGUUUUGUUUGUGGUGACAGACGGACAAUCCAUAUCACCUACCAACACGAAGCAAGCAGCAUCGCUUAUUCAUCAAGCAGGGAUUAAAACGUUUGCCAUUGGGGUCGGUGGUUCAAUUUCAAAACAAGAACUUCAGAAUAUCGCCUCUGAUCCUCAGCAUGUAUUUCACGUAUCUUCAUUUGAUGCCCUUCAUCUACUGCAAAGUGAACUCCGAAACAAAACAUGUGAAGCUUUAUCGUACAGUAGUUUGUACUGCUCCAAUCACGUCACAAACUGUGGAUCCUAUGGCCAUUCCGUCUGUAUUUCAUAUGCCCAGUGGGCCAAGGAAAAAUGUCCUCUGUAUUGCGGAUAUUGUUUAGCUCAAGGAACACCAACACCGAUAGUUCCAACAACAUCGACAGCUGCAGCAACCACUCAACAAAGAACAACACUUCCAACCACCCCCGCAGUUGUCACAAAUGGUAUCUGUAUGGACAAGCUCAGCAACUGUCACGAUUACGGGUUGGAUGUUUGCACCAAGUACAGACUAUGGGCUGACGAAAACUGCCCAAGAUACUGCGCCUUCUGUCAAGCACCACCGACUCCUCCAGUACCAACAACUACCACAGCAGCUAUACAGACACCACCACCUCUUGUAUCAGGUCCAUGUGAUGACAAAAUACCCACUUGCCUAGAUUAUCUGGCGCGUGACAGCAAUACUUGUAACAAGUAUUUGGAUUGGUCAACAUUUAACUGCAGAAAAACGUGCGGUAUAUGCCAUGAUUCGAACACUCCCCCACCCUUGGUUUUGUCUACCAUCACGACGACUCUUAAGCCAACAACUCCACUAGCGACGACACUACAUUACGACGUCUGUCAAGACGAGGUACACUCCUGUGAGAGUUACGGUCCGUCAAUCUGUUUCAACUACAAAGACUGGGCCGCCAAGAAGUGUGCCAAGUUCUGUCUGUUCUGUGAAGAAACUACCACCACCACGACUACGACCACAACCACCACCACCACGACUACACCGGCUCCUACCACAGAACCACCUUGUGUGAAUGUCGACGCCGACUGUGAAGAUAGAGGGCCUGUGGUGUGUUUCCAGAAUCAAACUUGGGCUCAGGUCAACUGCAGGGUCUUUUGUGCCUUUUGUACUCCCCAAAGUACUUUUGCUACACAAACUAUACCAAUGACACAAGCACCAGCAACAUUCCUUAUUCCAGCAACUCAGCAACCAUUUCCUGUAACGAACACGCCCACUACGAGUGCACCAACUACAUCUACUACUGAGCCUUCAACUAAUCCAACGAUAAUCGUCAUUGGCUGAUGUCAUUUGUUAUUGAAUGUAAAAAAAAAAAAGGAUAAACAAUAAAUAAUGGAAAAAAA